AUCAAUAAUGAUAUGGAUUUGGACAUUAUAUGGGCCAACAAUUAUUCUCUUUUUUUGCUCUUGGUUAUCACUUUGGCUCACGAGUAAUUCAGCCAAGCAUCGUUUCAUUAUCAGUACUACCAGUUUUUUCACUAUCCUUAUCAUUAUUAUCAGUAAUAAUUGGAGUGUCACACGAACAUCAUAUUUAAAAGCGAUUGAUAUAUGGAAUUUACAAAUUGUUGCAUUUGCAUUUUUCAUCGUUCUACAAUCUGUUCUUAUCACUAAAAAAAUGAUGGAAAAACAAAAAAAACCGAAGCGGAUAUAUGUAAAUUAUCAAUAAUAAUUAAUAAUAAUAAUAGUGAUUGAUAGUAAUAAUAAUAAUAAUAAUAAUAAUAAUAAUAAUAAUUAACAAUAAUUAAUAAUAAUAAUUAAUAAUAAU